CGUGUGUCAAUGUCCAGUAGUUAUGGACAAUUACCUUGCCACUUGCGCAGAAAUCCAACGGACAGUUUUGCGGACGGUUUGUAGGACGUUGCAUUGUCGCCGCAGUUCAAUAAGCUGUUGCAUUCACUGCACAUAUAGGCUGUCGAAAGUGCUUUAUUCUGAUGCAAGACCAUCCCUGACUAUGGCGGGAGAGCCAAUAACAAUUUAUACAUAAAACGUUUGUCAUGGAGCUAGCCUAAUCCAUGAAUUAUGUGAACUCAGCACCACUGUAAGGCUCUGCGCCUUUUCAUCGCUUUCCUGCUCCGCCAUCCCACGGCACGAUGCAUUGCUAUGGGAGCACUAGCAGUCCACAGCAGCAGCAUCAGCAGCGGCUGGAGGUGCGCGCCCUAGGCUCCCAGGCGCCAGGGCAGCGGAGGCAAGAUGGGAAGCAGCGGAGGGUUGGAGGUCACGAGUCCACGCCACAGCGGCCUAGCACCACAGAAGCGCCUACCGCGGCGUCCUCCCCUCAGCCACCCCCGGGACACCAUCAACCGGUCACACUGCCGGGUGCUUCAGAUCACUGCGUCAGACACCAUGGCAACCACAACCACGCAUAUGGCCGGUCCCCGCCCUUUCACGUGUCUAUGGCUUGCAUUGCCGCUGUGCGGCGCGCCCAUGUCGGCAACAGCAGUAGCAGCAGCACACGCGUCGGCGGUGCCACCCACCUGCCGGCAUUGGCGUUGCUGGUACUGGUGCUGCUGGCACCGGCUUCACCACCGGGCCCAGGUGGGAAGCAAGGAGAGAGUCACCAAAGCAGCAGUACCGGCAGCAACAGCAGUGCAGGAACCUUGAGUGGUCUGCCUCAAAGAAUACCUAAGGGGUCGUUUUCCUCCUUGGUUGGUUGGCUGGUGGGACCCCUGGGUUAUGGCGGUGCAGGGAUCCGACGCAGACGUGUGGGGAUCCUGCUUGCUGCGGCGGCGGUCACGGAUAAUGCGGGAGUCAGCAGCAGCGGUGGCAGUGGCAGCUCGACCUCAACACGCAGUAGCAGUGGUGACACUGGUGGUAGCGGUACGACAGGGCCUGCAGCAAUAACCAAUAGAAGGACCAAGGAAAGAGCAGCGGCGGGGCAACGGCACUCUUCCACAACCACUCCGAAGCAGCCCAGGCCCAACCCCAAAUCAACUAGCCCUGGGGUUUCUCGAGGCAUUAGUGUUAGCAGCGGCGCCUCAACCGCCGCCGCUGCUGCCUCCGCCUCUCCUGAACCCACUGGAAGCAUGCCGACAAUCAGCAGCAGCAGCAAUAGCAGAAGCAUUGCCAGCACCCCCACCACCCCUGCUGGCAGCACUCCCGUCUCUCCAGCUAGCAGCACCCUCACUAGCAGCCCCAGCCCCAGCAGCCCCAGUGGUGGCGUCGGCAGUCUGCUGCUGCGGCCCUCCUUCGAUGCAUCACUGGACUGGGCGGCAAACGUGACGGCCAAGGGGCCCAACGGAUGCACGCUUCCCAAGAACCGCACCUCGCCUGUCAGCCACACGCCGCCGCGCUGCCCGCCUCCGCGGCGACCCGUGGGUCUGCCGGAAGCCAGGACGUUCGGAUGGAGGUUUGCGCCGUUGCUUCGGCAGCACCCGCUAGACUGGUCCCGCCUCUCCGACCCGGGCGCCUGGCUGUCCUCCGCCACCCUCAUCGACCCGCUCACCUACACCACCACCGACCUAGCUACAUACCUGCAGAACAGGCACCUCGCCCGGCGCGCACGGCAGGAGAAGUUAGCAGCGGAGAGGGCGGCCGCGGAAGCAGCCACGAAGGCAGCCGCCGCUGCCGCAGCCGCCAGCGAUGGGGACGCGGACAGCGCCGCUGCUGCUGCUGCGGCAGCAGCGGGCACAGCCGCAGUGCGUGCAGCCGCUGCCGCUGCUGCUGCGGCGGCGGCGGAUCCGUACUGGCUGGUUCAUGAAUCGUACGACACUCAUAAUUUCUUUGCGACCAGGCUGGUACGGCGACGGUAUGAUAACGUUGGUGCUGCUGAUAGUGAGGAAGGCCGACAGCAACAGGAGGAGGAGGAGCAGGAGCAGGAGGAGGAGGCUGUGCCAGCGCCGCAGAACGGGGGUGGUGGCGACGGCAGCGGCAGCAACAGCGCUCCGACGUCUGCCGGGGACCGGUUACUGGCGCAACAGCAGCAUCAACAGCAAACUGAUCUUCAGGCGCAGAGGUCAAACUGGG